UUGAAGAAAAAACCCUCUGCUCGACUGGCGCGGUUAUUUGCUGCAGGUUCACGCCAUCAGUAAAUUAGGACAUGGAUUGCUGUUCUGUAACCAGCUUGCUAAUACAGGGAAAUUGAAGCGUGCUGACUAAAUGAGAUAAAAGCGCAUGGUUUACGGUGGUUUCCGUUUGUCCCACAGAGGCGUAUCGGUAGUGCUACAAUAUCAGCGCAGAAGGACGAGGCCAGUGAUCACAGUAAAGCUAUACCACGAAAUGGUCACGUCUAUUCUGGGAUUUCUUAUCCUGCCAAUAUGUCUUCAGCAGUGUGGUUAUGUUCGGGGAACAAGGACGGAAUGCGAGCCAUCGCAGUUCCAGUGUGGGAACGGCCGCUGCAUCCCUUCCGUGUGGCAGUGUGACGGGGACGAGGAUUGCUCGGACGGGAGCGACGAGAACACCUGUGUAAGGAAGACCUGUGCAGAAGUGGACUUCGUCUGCCGCAAUGGUGCGUGUGUCCCCAAGAGAUGGCACUGUGACGGGGAGCCAGACUGUGAAGAUGGAUCCGACGAGAGCUUGGAAGUUUGCCACACACGGACCUGUCGAGUCAAUGAGUUCAGCUGUGGGGCAGGGUCAAUGCAGUGCAUCCCGGUCUUCUGGAAGUGCGAUGGAGAGAAGGAUUGCGAUAAUGGAGAGGAUGAGACUAACUGUGGUAACAUUACCUGUGCCCCGAUGGAGUUUACCUGCGCUAGCGGGCGCUGCAUCUCACGCAACUUUGUGUGCAACGGCGAGGACGAAUGUGGCGACGAGAGCGACGAGGUGGGCUGUGCCCCUUCCUCCUGCGGGCCCAGCGAGUUCCAGUGCGACAACGCCACCUGCAUCCCGGGCAGCUGGGUGUGUGACGACGACGUGGACUGCCAGGACCAAUCAGACGAGUCUCCCCAGCGCUGCGGUCGCCACCCCACUCCGCCGACGAAGUGCCCCUCCAGUGAGACGCAGUGUGGCUCAGGAGAGUGCAUCCACCGCAAGUGGCGCUGCGAUGGGGACCCUGACUGCAAGGACGGCAGCGACGAGGCCAACUGCCCUGUUCGAACAUGCAGGCCAGACCAGUUUAAGUGUGACGAUGGCAACUGUAUCCAUGGUAGCCGGCAGUGCAACGGAUUGCGUGACUGUGCCGACGGCAGCGAUGAGGUCAACUGCAAAAACUUGACCCAGUGCAAUGGCCCAGACAAGUUCAAGUGUCGGAGCGGGGAAUGCAUCGAGAUGAGCAAAGUGUGCAACAAGAACCGGGACUGUCCGGACUGGAGCGACGAGCCCCUCAAAGAAUGCAACCUGAAUGAAUGUCUGCUGAACAAUGGAGGCUGCUCACACAUUUGCCGGGACAUGGUGAUUGGCUACGAGUGUGACUGCACACCAGGGCUGCAACUCAUUGACCGCAAGACCUGUGGUGAUAUCAAUGAGUGUCUGAAUCCUGGCAUCUGCAGCCAGAUCUGUAUCAACUUGAAAGGGGGGUAUAAGUGUGAGUGUCACAGUGGAUAUCAGAUGGACCCAACCACAGGAGUGUGCAAAGCAGUGGGGAAGGAGCCCUGCUUGAUCUUCACCAACCGGCGAGACAUUCGCAAACUGGGACUGGAGCGAAGGGAGUACACCCAGAUCGUGGAGCAGCUACGCAACACAGUGGCCCUGGAUGCUGACUUUACCCAGCAGAGGAUCUUUUGGGCUGACCUUGGGCAGAAGGCCAUCUUCAGCACUUUAUUGGACAAACGAGAUGAGGUGGGCAGCUACACAAAAGUGAUUGACAACUUGCAGACCCCUGUUGGGAUUGCGGUGGACUGGAUUUAUAAGAACAUCUACUGGUCCGACCUGGGCACCAAGACCAUCACCGUGGCCAACUUCAAUGGGACUAAGAAGAAGGUUCUGUUCAACAGUGGCUUGAAGGAGCCUGCCUCCAUUGCAGUGGAUCCCCUCUCUGGAUUCUUGUACUGGUCCGAUUGGGGUGAGCCGGCCAAGAUUGAGAAGUCCGGUAUGAACGGAGUUGACAGGCAGGUCCUGGUCGAGACGGACAUUCAGUGGCCUAAUGGAAUCACUUUGGACUUGAUCAAGAGCAGACUCUACUGGGUUGACUCCAAGCUCCACAUGCUCUGUAGUGUGGAUCUUAAUGGCAACAACCGACGGAAGGUCCUUCAGUCUCCGGAUUACCUGGCCCAUCCCUUUGCCCUCACUGUCUUUGAGGAUCGAGUGUUCUGGACAGAUGGGGAGAACGAGGCGAUCUACGGAGCAAACAAGUUCACCGGAUCGGAUGUGAUUACGCUGGCCAGCAAUCUGAAUGAACCGCAGGACAUCAUUGUUUACCAUGAGCUGAUCCAGCUGUCCGGAACCAACUGGUGUGCUGAGAAGGAGGUGAAUGGUGGCUGUGCCUAUAUGUGCCUGCCAGCCCCACAGAUCAACAAGCACUCCCCGAAAUACACGUGCGUCUGUCCGCAGGGCAAGGAGCUGGCUGCCGACGGCUUCCGCUGCAAACCUGUCACCACAGCUACAUCUCCAGUGCCCACAAGGCAUGAUGGGAAAAUGCAAACACGCCCCACUCGUCCUCCAGUCAUCACAGCCACAUCUCCAGUGCCCACAUGGUAUGAUUGGAAAAUGCAAACAAGGCCCACUCAUCCUCCAGUCAUGCCAGCCACAUCUUCAGCCCCCACAAAGCAUGAUGGGAAAGUGCAAAUGCGCCCCACUCGUCCUCCAGUAAAGACGACCGCAUCUUCGGUGCCGAAAAAGCAUGAUGGGAAAGCGCAAAUGCUCCCCACUCGUCCUCCAGUCACAACGGCCACGUCUUCAGCGCCCACAAAGCAUGGUGGGAAAAUGCAAGUGGGCCCCAUUCAUCCUCCAGUGUCCGCAAUACCAAAAGUCAUCCCCAAGCCAGUCCCUGAUGAGGGGAAUGUCAGCACCUCCAUCCAUGAGGUGAAUUCAUCUGCAAAAGGGUCUGCUGCAGCCUGGGCCAUUCUCCCUGUCUUGUUGUUGGCCAUGGCUGCUGCUGGAGGCUACCUGAUGUGGCGCAACUGGCAACUCAAGAACAAGAAGAGCAUGAACUUCGACAACCCCGUGUACUUGAAGACCACCGAAGAAGACCUCAACAUCGACAUCAGCAGACAUGCCUCUUCUGUCGGCCACACAUACCCGGCGAUAUCAGUUGUGAAUACAGAAGAUGACUUAUCGUAACCCUACCCUAAGAUGCUACUUCAUCUGUUAACGGUUUUUGGUAUCCAUGCCAAUGCCUGCUAUUGCAGCAGAGCUACAACCAGAUGCCUUCUGAAGUGCAUUAAGUUGAUAUUUUUGAGGGAUGUAUGUGUCACUGUUUAUUGUGCAUACAAUAAUGCAUUGCAUCCUUUAAGCCUGCUUUAAGCAUACCCAAAGCAACAGAAUUUUGGGGCAUGGUCCAUUUCCACUCCAGUUUCCAGUUUCUGCAGCUCAACAUGGUUCAUUGGUUAUUGGGGGACCCAGGUUUGGUCUCACUGCAAUCCCGUCUGAUAUUUAUGGUUUGAAUAUUUAAUGAGAUGCAAAUUUUAGACAGUCAUGGCUUAAAGAUGUAUCUUUUUUCUGAACAUUACCUCCUGAAGCACAUUCUUAUGAAGCUGUUGUGUGUGUAUGUGCGGGGGAAAUGAGCUCUGUAAGGAAAGUGCUGUUGUGACAUUUGUAAAACAAAAAAAUUGUACAUAUCCCUCCCUAGAGAACAUAAUCAGGACUCUCAAGCACUUUGUUCAAAUGCUCCUCUGUAAAUAAGAUUGUAUACAUUUGACCGAAUCAAUUUUUUGCUAUGGUUGGGCAUAGUACCAGGGUAGAGGAAAAUGUAUUUAAAACUGAAUAAUUUGUUAAAAUAUUUUGUAUGUUUGUGUGCCGUUCCUGUGACCUUUUAUAGCAUUGUACAGGGGGACUAAAAGCUCUGUACU